AUGUCGAGCCAAAUAAAUAACGUCAUCAGCGCAAUCCACCAGCGAUCAACUCAUCAGAAAUACUCAACAGAAUACCAUCUUUCCAGCACAUUUGCAGUUAAGACGACGGACCGUCUCGUGAACUCGUUCCCCCCGCCGCGUGCGGACGUUCCCACUAAGGCAGAGUUGCUAGACCCUAGAACUCUAUUUCCGCGGCUUGAAGUGUUGCGCGAACAUUUCCGCGAGGAAGGGAGAAUUGAGCCAUUACAUGCUAUGAUGAUAAUUGAUGGUGCCUCGAAACUGUUCAAGGAAGACAGCAAGCGGGCCUUGCGACUGCCUACCCCAAACCAGAAGGGCUACUCGGUAAACGUAAUUGGCAGUGUCUAUGGACAAUUUCGGGAUCUUUUGAAUAUUUUCGACAAGUUUGGCGAUCCGAGUCGAUCUGCCUACGUUUUCUUGGGAAAUUAUGUGAAUGGCGGUGCUUUCUCCGUUGAGUGCUACCUCUAUCUAUGUGCUCUCAAGAUCCACUUCCCAUCCAACAUAAUCAUGCUCAAAGGAAGCGAGGAGUACACCCAUGGAGAAAGGAGGAAACAAAACGAUAAGCAUCUCAAGUUUACGUUCGAGUCUGAGUGCGAGCGCAAAUACGACAAAUCGCUAUUCUCGUUAUGUGUGCGAUCAUUCGCGCAACUCCCAUUAUAUGCCGUUCUGUUCGGCAAGAUUCUCUGUGUUCACUCCGGUAUAUCACCCGAAUUCAAGACACUGGACAAAGUUGCCAAAAACGAGCGUGGAGAAGUGGAUAUUCUUUUCUCGCGAUUUGAGUCCGGUUCAAAUCCUUUCGUCUAUUCUCCUCCCGAAUGCUCCAAACGGUACACCAAGACAUUCUCUUCUGAAGAUGCCGAUACGUUUUUGGCCAGAUGUGGUCUUAGUGUUUUGGUGAGGUCGCAUGAGAUGCCUGUUGAUGGGCUGGAUGUGGUCAAAACGCCUUGUGGAAACACGGUCUUCACGGUUUUCAGUGCUCCUUCGUUUGGAGACACCAAGAACCACGGUUCCGGAAUUGUUUUUCAACCGAACGGAAAACUAAUGCAAAAAACUCUGAAGAGCAUUCCCGAUCCAUAUGUGGCUCCAAACAGCAUGAAUGCGUUUGAGCUCUCACUGCCAAUUGCCUCCAACCACCUCAAGAACUUUGUAGAGCAGUUCGUUACAGGCUUGGGAAACCUAUCUUCACCGUUGGACUUUGCAUUUCCAGAAUUGUCGCUGGAGGAGCAGAUUUCGAUCGAGAAGCAUGCCUCUGUUAUCGAGAGGUCUCAGCUCAAAGAUUCUGUGCUGAGGGCCUGUGCUUUGCUGUCUACACUCAAUAGGUCACCAAACACCCACCGAAGACCACAGGAUAAUGAGACUCGACCCGAAAAGCGGAAUUCGCGCGACUUCCACCCGGUACCGAUCAUUGUGGACCAAUCGCCUUCUCAAGCCUCAUCUACGACGGAAUCACAGGCAAAUCUGCUUGCGUUUCCAUUGGAAACCCCCGAAUUCGACUUCGAUUCAUUUUUGUCAUCUCCAUAUCCUGAAGACCCACUGGACACCACAAGCCAGGCCUCCUCCACCCUACCUGGACCCGAGUCACCAAAUUUUGACGAAUAUCUACAGAACUUGUGA